CGGCGGGAGCUCCACAGACGUGUGCAGCACUCUAGGGCUGGGGAGCGUUCGGUUGAAUGUGUGGGCUUGAAGAGGGGCGUCACUGGCAUGUUGGGACAUUUUUGUUCUCUUUGUUGGCACUGUUUUUUUUCCAGAUCUUUGGAUUUCAAAUUGUUUUUGACAUCUCUGCUUUGUUCUUUUAUUGUUUUGCUUCUUUGCUCCCUUUUUCCCGUUCUUCUUCCUCGCUCUUUUUUUUCCUUGUGGAUGCUCAGUUCAAAAAUCACUUGAUUGAGCGCAGCUAUUUUUUUUUUUUUUCUUUUUAUUUCUUUUUGUUCCUUUUCACGUUUCCGUUGGCAGCGUAUUGGCCACACAGCAAGACUUGUCUUGUUCAUUUCCUGGUGAUCAUCCUGCAAGCUUCAUUCCGAGUCUGCACAUUUGCGCUUUUUGUUCCCCCGCCCGUGGAUAUCCCUGUUUGUGCAGUUGGGAAAACACCUGUUGAAUGGCGCUGGAAGGCAUCAACCCACAACACUUGAACAACACACUCGCCGCACCGACCACGCUGCACUUCACCGGGCAGCUAUCGCCGGACGAGCCUCGUACUCCCGCCGGCACUGGUGACAUUGCUGCUGCUGCCUAUGCGGCAGCUGUGGCACAAACCGCAGUCCCUCAAACCAAGUGCGUAGCGCAAGCACCCGUGCAACCGCACAUACCGCCGUCGCCAGCAGAUUCGUGUGCGUCGCCCGAGAUGGCCUCCCACGAGUUCAAGACGCAUGCAUCGCCACCCAAUUCCUCCGCUUCAGUGGAAAGCACCUAUGACCAGCAGCAAAUGCGGCAACAGCAAUACCAACCACAACAACAACAACCACAACAGGCUCACCACCAGCGACCCAAUCGCUCAGCAGGUCGCAAAAACAGCAACCACCGAUUGCCAUCGUCGCAGCGCGCGUCUGCCCGAGAGGUUGCGCGUCAAAUGGGCAUUCCGUUCCACGAAGUCCCGAGGUCGUACGACACCCCGUUUCCGCCCUCGUCCACAUCCAUCUUCCGCAUUGAUUCGUCGGAGACCACCCCCGCCGGCGCGGCAGCAUCUGGUGCCGCUGCAGUAGAAGCCAAAUCAGACACUGCAAAGCACGGCGGGCCGCCCACGCCUCCCUCUCCCGCGCUGCCAGCUGCUCCGACCUCCGCUCAGGCUGCAGCGACAGCGUCGGCAGUGGCCACCGAGGGUGCUGCAGGGCUGUCCAGGCAUUGGUACAUGCCCUCUCUCUGCAAGGUGAAAACCCAGUUCCAUUUAACCGGAGGCCCCAAAGUCAAGGCGACCAAAGCUGUGUCUCAGCCAAAGCCGCAAGAUUCUCCUCAGCAAGACCUUUCGCAGCAGCAGCAGCAACAACAACAACAACAACAACAACACCAACAACAACAACAACAGCUUCAACAAUCACAAAGCGAACAGCGACUGUCGUCCCGCCGACGGCGCUCGGAUGACAGCGAUUCGCACUCAUCCUCCACGUCCAGCGCUAGCAACAAGCGUCUGGCAAUGGCGACCCCAAACUCGUCCGGAGUGAUCUCCCCGGUGGCCGCAACGCCAAAUCCAACGUCGCCCGCAGCUCACCAAGCACUACUACUGCCAGCGAGCGGGAGUCUCGCCGACCAGCCGGCUGCCUCCACCAAAUUUCCAGCCCCGUCCUUGCCAUCUCAGUCAGUGCCGUCGCACACGGCGCCGUUUUUGCCGCCGACCGGCCCAGUUGUGAAUGCAGCUUCGUCCGUGUUCAACCCGACUUUCGCCAACUAUCCGCUCGGACAGUUUAGCGUCCCGAGUCCCGCGUUUGCACCCAACCCUAACUUUCACCCGCACAUGCUCAUGUACCAGCCUCAGCAACAACCGCAACCACAGUACAUCACGGCCCGGACACUCACCGGCCAAACUGUCAUGGUUUUGGCCAGCUCCAUUCCCGGCAUGUCGUCACAGCUCCCAUACUCGCCCCAGCUGUUUUCGCAGCAAGCCUACGCUCAAACCAUGCCGCUGCCGCAGCUCCAACAACAGGCCCAGCCUGUUGUGGUGCAGUCCCCUUUCCAACCGCAGGCAGCACAGCCACAAUUAUUGCAAAACCAGCAAAUACAACAUUCGCAAAUGCAACAGCAGCAGCAACAACAGCAACAACAACAACCACAACAAACAGCCGGCGUACGACUCAGCGUUCCCGUGCGCGGGUUUCGAAAGGACGAGCUGUGCGAUGCCCUGAUUCUGCCACGCAAUGCCAACGAGCAAAACCGAUGGCAGAUUUCGGACGAAGGCGACUCCAUUGAUGCAAUCAUUCUGAUGGCUCUGGAUGCCGACGCCGGCGAAGGUGACGACGCCACUGGAGAAACGUGGAUUGUUGAACCCGCCAACAGCGCCUGGACUGCCCUGAUUCGAGCGGCACACGAAAGCAACAAGCCCAUCAAGCUUGUUCGCCGCUCGACGCCGCUCGGCUCUACCGGUGACGGCAGCGCCAACAGCCGGGCGCCAGCGUCCUUUGUCAUCCAGGCAGACUCCAUCAUGAACGAAAUCAGCCCUGUGCAGCCGCAGGCCCAUUCGUGGCCGAAUCUGCUGAUGCGCGCCGUUUCGCGCCAGAUCCACCCUGGCUUUAUUGCGCACACUGGCAUUGAGACGUUGGCGCAUGUUUCGAACAUUGCUCCAGAUGCGCGGUCGUUGCACGCCUCCUUCUUUGAGUGGCAAGGGUUUGCCACCGUUGCCGAGAUUGUGCCCUUCACCGACACCAAGUCGACACUGCCCAUGCUGCGAAUCCGACUCCAUCCUCGCCCGGUUGUGUCGGACGGAACAAGCUCGUCGUCCGAGGUGCUCCUUCCCGUCACACCUGCGCGCAAACUCUCGACAUCAAACACUUGGGCUUCUCAGCUCCCGAUGCGGUGCCCGAAAUGCUCGUGUCUCUGGUCUCGCCGGCUCAGCCUGCAAGACAACACCACACCAACGUGCUUGCUUCCCUUCUGCGGACGCACGCUUGUGGAAACGGUCGCAUGAUGAUGAGCUCAGUGAAAGCUUUCCAUGCGCCCUGCUCUCGCACUCGAGUGUCUGACUCUUGAUUGAUUUUCAUGGGAAGCAACCCCUCCUCUCCCCUCAGCACAAACAACACCUUUUGCGCUUGAUAAUUGACUCUUUGUCGAGCUCUUUAGCUUGCUAUUUCGCUUGCAGCGUGAGUAGCUGCUCGGUUGUUUUUUUUCGGUUUUUUUUUUUGUUAUUAGUUUUUCUGCCUCAUUGCAUUGUUACUCUACACAAGAAUAGAAUUACUGCA